CCUGAGCCCCAAAUUGGAGAGCACCUAAAUAAAAGCUUUCAUCGCAGCAGCAAAGACGAAACAAUAAUGAAAGUUUUCUGUGGAAGAGCCAAUCCAACCACGGGAGCCGUGGAGUGGCUGGAAGAAGAUGAAAACUACGACUAUCAUCAGGAAAUUGCAAGGUCAUGUUAUGCAGACAUGCUGAAUGACAAAGACAGAAACGCAAAGUACUUCCAAGGUAUUUGUGCUGCUGUGGGCAGAGUGAAAUUAAGAGGUGAGAGAGCAGUCGUCCUGGACAUCGGCACGGGCACAGGGCUCUUGUCCAUGAUGGCGGUGACAGCGGGGGCCGAUUUCUGCUAUUCUGUCGAGGUUUUCAAGCCAAUGGCUAAUGCAGCUGUGAAGAUUGUGGAGAAAAAUGGCUUGAGUGACAAGAUAAAGAUAAUCAACAAGCAUUCCACUGAAGUCACAGUUGGGCCUGAUGGAGAUAUGCAGUGCCGUGCAAAUAUCCUGAUAACAGAGCUCUUUGAUACUGAACUGAUUGGUGAAGGGGCUUUGCCCUCUUAUGAGCAUGCUCACAGAUACCUUGUACAGGAGGGAUGUGAGGCAGUGCCCCACAGGGCAACGGUAUAUGCUCAGCUGGUGGAGUCUGAAAGAAUGUGGUCCUGGAACAAGCUGUUUCCCAUUCGCAUCCAAACUGAGGACGGCGAAAAGGCCAUUGUUUCCUCACCUGAAAUGGAAGACUGCCCCGGCGCUCCUUCCGUCUACGAUAUCCAGCUGAAUCAGGUGCCCUUCAAUGACUUCACUGCUCUCAGCGACGUUGUUACAAUGUUCAGUGUAGAUUUCAGCAAGCGAGUAAGCCGAGCCCCCGCCUACUUCACAGUGCAGCUGGAACCUAUCAGGUCCGGCCAAGCCCAAGUGGUCCUGUCCUGGUGGGACAUGGACAUGGACCCCGAAGGGUCAGUCAAGUGCACGAUGGCCCCGUACUGGGUGCAAGAGACUUCUGAGGAUCUCCCGUGGAGAGAUCACUGGAUGCAGUGCGUCUAUUUCCUUCCAAAGGAGGAGCCUGUUCUGCAGGGUCAGAGUGUGAACCUAACUGCCUUUCGCGACGAUUACUCAGUGUGGUAUAAGCUUCAAGAAGUCCGAAGCCAAGAGGCCGAAGCCGAGGUCCGCAUCGAGAGUCCUGUGUGUCGGUGCCAGGCCCACCUGCUGUGGAACAGGCCGCGGUUUGGAGAGCUGAACGAUCAGACCCGGACAGCCCAGUACGUCCAAGCUCUGAAGGAGGUUCUGAAGCCAAACAGCAUUUGCCUGAGCAUCAGUGACGGCAGCCUCCUUCCCAUCCUGGCUUGCUACCUUGGAGCGGAACAGGUGUUUACGCUGGAGAGUUCCGCAGUCUCCCAUUCGCUCAUGAAGAAAAUUUUUAAUGCCAACCACCUACAGGAUCAAAUUAAAAUCAUAGAGAAACAUCCGGAACUGAUUAUCUCUUCUGAUCUGGGGGACAAAAAGGUGUCGUUGUUAAUCGGAGAGCCCUUUUUCUCCACGAGCUUGCUGCCAUGGCACAAUUUAUAUUUCUGGUACGCCCGGUCUGCAGUGGCAAGCCAUCUCGCGAGCGACGUCACCAUCCUCCCCCAGUCCGCUUCGCUACAUAUGAUGAUCGUGGAGUUCAAGGACUUGUGGAGAAUACGCAGCCCAUGUGGUACCUGUGAGGGGUUUGAUGUUCAAAUUAUGGAUGAGAUGAUCAAGAAUUCCUUAGACUUCAGGGAAUCGAGAGAAGCGGAGCCUCAUCCACUGUGGGAAUACCCUUGCAAAUCGAUAUCUGACCCUCUAGAGGUCUUGACGUUUGACUUCAGAGAAACGGUGCCAGAGCACUCCAUCGAGAAGGAAGGCACUGUGAAUCUAUCGAGGACUGGGAAGAGUCACGGAGCUGUUCUUUGGAUGGAAUAUAACCUGACUUCCAGCCUUUCGGUUAGCACAGGACUCGUGAAGGUUUCGGACGAAAAGGGCUAUUGUCAGUGGACUCCUCACUGCAAGCAGGCUGUGUAUUUCCUCAGCACCGUUUCUGCGCCCGAGACCGUCGCCGACCGCCCCUCUGUGGCUGCGUACGCUAUAAGCUUCAAUCCCAAAACCGGAGAAGUUCUCAUGGAUUUUAAACUCUUAAGUUAA